UUAUUUGUUUUUUAUUUUUUUAUUUUUUUUAUUUUUUAUUUAAAUAAUAAUUUAUUAUAUAUAUAUAUAUAACAAGGGCAUAAUAGUCUUUUGCCACUUAAUGAAUAAGAUAUUUUUGAAAAUGUCUCUUUAGUGGUGGUAAAAAUGAAAAGUGGUACUAUAAAAGUGGUAAACAUGUAAUUUUCCCCAGAAAUAAAUAAUAAAAAAAUAUAUACUAUAAGAAGUAGAAAAUGUAUAUUAACUAUCUACCUUAAGAAUGUUAAAUAAAAUAAAUAAUAAGUAAAUAAUAUAUUAAUAACAUAUUUUAGUAUUAACAUUUUCGAUAAAACAAUAAGAAUAGUUAGAUAAUUAACAUUUGAAAAUUAAUAUAGUUCUGCAUGUAGCGCGGAUUAAUCCCUAGUACCAUUGAAACUACCUAAUCCUAACCUCUUUCAUUUUGUUUUUGUCACUUAAAACAAAAAUAAAACCUAUCUAAACUAAUUUUCAAAACUUCCCAAAAAAUAAUUAUUCUAAUAAACUUUCCAAUUAGUUGUUACGAAAAUAUUCUUUAAAAAUAUCACCCAACAGUCCAACGCCUAAGAUACACAAAUUAAUAUAUGCUAAAUGGUAAAAUAACAAAAAUAGUUCCAAAAAUGAUCUAGAUAAAAACUUCAACUACAUUAAUAAUAGUCGCUGAUGUUGAAUCACAAUAGCCUAAACCCAUAAAUUAGAUAAAAAUCUUAUUGGCAUUUAAUAAAUUUUAUUUUUGGAGUUUUUUUUCUAUUUGAUUAAUUAAAACCAUUUUGAAACAAUUUACAAUAUUUCAUUAGCUAUAUGUUUCACAUUAAGCAAAUAGAGAAUAUUGUUCAAUAAAAUAUUAUUUAUUGUAUUGUAGUCUAUUCAUCAUUAUUUGUUAAUAAUACAUAACUUUCGAAACCCAUGUAAAUAAUAUUUUUUUAAGUAAAUAUUAAACACGAAAGCAAAAAUAUGUUAUUGUAUUCAUUGUUUUGUGGAACUAUUAGUCCAAUACAAAUGCAAUAAGACAAAUAUAUAACCAAAUGACUAUUGCAAUUGACGGUUAAAUACAAUAAAUAAACUUACUAAUAUAAAAAUAUUUUUUUUGUAAAUAAAUUUUAUAUUACACAAAAUGUUAAAAUAUAUAUUACCAAAAAACUACAUCAAAUAUUAAUUUAUAUGACUCAGCCGGAUAGAGCGUCUCUUCGGAACGAUUCAAGCCCGACUACCACUUGAUCUUAGAAGAUGGGCGUCGACAAAAAAAAAUAUUAAUUUAUAUUAAUUAUAAAACAAACACAUGCACGAACGUACAUGUUAAAUUUUAGUUUUCUUUAUUUAUAUUUUACCUUAGAAAGCUCUUAUAAAAUGUUUGGUUGUAUGUAAGAUCAUUUAUCUGGUCAUUUAACUUAUAAAACUAGAUUUUGAUCCGCGCUUUCAAAGCGCGGGAUUAUAUUUUGUUGAUAAAAUUAUUAACAUGUUUAUUAAGCGCAUAUAUUUACUAAAUAAACAUAUAAUCUUAUAUUUUAUACACAUUUGUAUAUCUAUUUCGAAUUAUAAUUUUGCAUACAAUAAAAUCCCGCACUUUAAUUUUUAGUUAUUUAGAAGUGUAAUAAAUUUUAGGUAGUGAAUUUUUUUUGCCUGUACGAUAAAUUAAAUAUUAAAAAUUUAGAAGCAAAAUAAGUUUUUAUAAAUGUUAAUUCUAAUUCUAUCAUAACCGUAAAAUUUGAAAUAUUCAAUCAUAAGUUUGUGAGUAAAAUCUGAAACUUUCUUUAAUGAUGAUAGAUAUUUAAUUUUUAAGUUUGUAUUUAUUUUUUUCUUUGGUCAUAACCCGUGUCAAAACACGGAAUCAUAAUUUAAAACUAAAAUUUGUGCCAAAAUGUGAGAUUUUUAUUCAUGAAAUUUCAAUAUUGAAAGAGAUGAGUUACACCUGAUUAUAUAUAUUUAAUAAAUUAUUUUAUUAGGUGAUAUUUUAACAUGUUCCAAAAUCCAAGAUCAUAAUAUUUUUAAAAUGUCAUUUUAACCCGUACCAAAACGCAAUAUCAGAAUAUUUUUUUAUCAAAGAGGGGACCCUUACGUAUUUAUUCAAAAUGCUGUUAUUGAUUUAUUAAGUUUUGUGAUUUUAAUGAAAUGAAAUUUAUUGUAUUUAGGUAAGAUUUAGGUGUUUUGAUAGAAUGACAAAUAUAUUUAUUUCAACAAAAAUACAAAAUAAACAUAUUCAAAUGAAUACACAUAUGUAAUAACUAUGCAUUAGAUUAACACUACAUGGAAUUUAUUAUAUGAAAUUUGCUGACCCGGUAUACAAAAUACAUUAUAAAAUAGUAUAUAAUCAAUAUGAUAUAUCUAACAUUUUCAAAAAUAACAAAAUAAAGAUUUUUACUAAAUUUAGGACGUGUGGAAAUGGAACCAAAUUCCGUGUCACUAUAAAUCUUUGUAGAUCGAUACAAUAUUCAAACUAUUGUUCAAUUUUAAAAUAUUUAAGAUUUUUUAUAUAUUGACAAUUACUUGUUUUUAAUAUUUUUUAAUCUUUAAUCUUAUGAUUUUUUAACUAUAUCUUAAGCUUUAAAAUGUAAUGUUUAAUAUAUGUAAUUUGAAAUUUGAAAAUAAUAGAUUACAAAAAAAAAUUGUAUGUUUUUUUUAUUCUUAUUAGAUUAAUGGUAAUUACUACUGUCAAGUAAAAAAAUGUAUUUGUUUUUUUUAACUACAUAUUAAUUACUAUGAUCUAUACAUACUAUUAAUUUAAAUUGUACGUAAUUUUUUAAUAUCAAAUAAAAUAUUAACUACUAUAACUGACCGUAUGAUAUACAUUAUAUCAGGCUUUAGAUAUAUAUAUAUUACCUGUCAAUUUGAAAACCUUGAAACGUUGAAUCCGAUAUAGUAUUAGACCAUGAUGGUGUAAGUUUCGAUACAUAAAACCCACAUACAGCCAUCUACUUUAUAAGCAAUGAAAAACAAAUGGUUAAUGAUUGUUUUUUUAUGUACAGAGAAAUAAUAUGGAUUGGUGAUGUUACCAUCGGCUAAAAUGAUUUGGUUGAACGGCAAAAGACAAAUGAUGCAACAGAUUGUUUGUUGGAAGAAAAAGAAUAUCGUGGAAAUAUAUAUAUAUAGAUAUAUAUAUAUAUAUAUAUAUAUACAUAAAAUCAUAGCUUACAAAUAACUCACUGGUAAAGACUUGUAAAUAUUGUUGAAACAGAAAGUGACUUAAAACAAAAAAAUCUUAUGUUUUAAUAGUAUAGACAACACAUUAAAACCGAGUAUAAUUAAAUAAUAUUCUAAGGAUAUACAUUAUGCGAGAUAUAUUAAGUUACAACAAUCUAUUAUUUUGAAUUUUGAUAUCUAUUAAGUUACAACAAUAAAAUCAUUUAGUUAAUCUUGUUACUUUAUCGAAUAUUGUAAUUUUUAUACGAAAGUUUAUUCAUAAUAUGAUAUUUUUAUACCCAACUGUUAAACAAAUUUUACUGAAAAUUAUUAAAUAAAGUAAUGAAUUAAAAAGAUAUGAUAGGUACGUAGUUUAUGGUUUCGUGUAUAUGAAUAAGCAAUUGUUAGUGUUUGAGCUUGCACAUAACCGAAUUCUUGUAGCACUUAGAUUAUAGUCAAAGUAAAUAUUUUAAUCCAAAACCAAACAAACAAAGAAAAAACAGUUGACAGAGUCGUGUAUAAUAUAUUGUAGUUCGAGGAACUUGUUAGGUAUUGUGUGACCACAAUUUUCAAUGAUCAUUUGAUUCUUUUACCUUAAUUACCCCUUUGAAACAAAGGUUCCAAACUUUUGAUAUAUAUCAUGCGACCAGUUAUAGAAAAAAUAUAUCUAUUGUAUAAUUACACAUGGUUAAUUAAAAAAAGAAGUGGAAAAAGAUCACACGAAAGUAGGAGAUGAUCUGCGAUUUACUAUAACAAAAUAAAAGCAUUUGAUUAAAAGCAUAGAUUGAAAACAAUUCAGUGGCAGAGAAUUGUAAAUACUUCUGAAAUAGGAGGGUACCUCAAAAAAAAAUCUUCUAUUAAUUUUUAAUAGUAUAGAAGAUUGUUAUUUGGUCAUCUGAUUAUUUAUCUGGAUUUAAACUCUACGUCUGGUAAACUGAAACUAUGAGUGGUUCAGUCUGAAAGAAAGUUUUCUUUUAAAUUUUCAUUUUCACUCGUAGUACCCUCGUGAACAUUUACAAAUUGAUUGUUAAUUUUAUUUAACUAAAUAAUAAAAGUAAGAGAAGGAUAUGGCAAGAUCUAAAAGUGGAAUAAGAACUUUCCAUGUAGCAGACCUACACCUGCUGGAUUUUAGUAUAUAUGUAGUAUUUAAAUUAAAAUUUGAAAUGAUAAAAUUAUUUGUUGUUUUUGUUUGUAUCACGUGACAUGUGCUAGUAUUAAAGAAUUUUAUUCCAGUAGCUUUUUAUAUUUUUGAGCCUGUCAUCUUCUUUUAUGUUUUUUUUUGUGUUAGUAACAUUUGAAUCGAUUUUCAGUUACAAAAAAAAACAUUUGAAUCGAUUUUCCGAAAUUAAUUAAAACGUCAAUAUAUUUCAGUUCCAGUUAAUAUCGUGGUAGAAUUAAUUGAAGCCGCACGAUGAAGAUUAAUUUUGGUUAUAUUGUGACAACGUAAAGCAGAUACGUUUUAGGAAAAAACUAUACAUGAAUAUACAAACUUUUACUCGGUAUAACAUGAUCAACAUUUUAAAACAUACUACUACAAAUUGAUUACUAAAGUGUGUUUGUGCCAUAACAAAUUUCACAUGUGAAAUCAAGUUUGGUGCACAUACUUAUAUAUAUUCACAUGUACAUUUAAAAUACGCGGAUAAUAAAUCUGUAAGAUUGAUGUUAAAUUGUUAAUGGAAGACAUGUACAAAGGCAUGCGAUUAAACAAAAGGGCGGACUCCUACCCCAACACAAUCUCCUAGAGUGCAAAAGACACAAUUAACAAUAACUUUAAACUUGAAUAUAAUGUUUAAGUUUAGCUUGAAUUUAAUUAAUCAAUAAGGACUCUUUCUUUUGACGGGUGUGCAGACCGAUUAUGCGGUCAACAAACUUUUACUCGGGGAGACAAAAACCAAUUGCCCCACCAAUUCUACCAUAUGUUUAUUUUUAUUUUUUUAUAUACUGUAUUAACAUCUUGACGAAGAUACAAAAUAUAUAUCUUCGACACCUCUUAAUGCAAUUUUUUUUAUUUGAACGAGCUGUUACUUUAACUGUACCUCGUUCCAUGAUUUUCAUACUAAUUAAUAAGUUUGCUCUUAUUAUAUUACAUGCAGAUGAGAUAAUUCGGGGAUGUACAAUAACAUCGCUUCUUUACAACUCAUUUGCUGUAUUUUUGUUAAUUUAUACUAGACUUGACCCGUACGUCAGUGCAUGUUGGUUUUUACGUCUUCAUAAAUUGGUUAGUGACAUUUUUAAAUAUAUAGAUUAUUUCGAUAUUUUUAGGUUCGUUAAAACUUACCCAGACCCAUAAGAAUUCAAAUCGAAUCCUAUCCAAAAAGUUAUAAUACCUGAACAUAGUUUAAUUUUAAAACUCAAAAAUCUGAUACCCGUAAAAAUCGAUAUGUAUCCGAACGUAUACUCGAAUGUCAAUGUCUAACUGAUUAUGCAAACAAAUAAAAAUAAUUUUGUCAGCCGGUUUGAAUUCUUGUCACUAAUGAAGUAAUUUUAUUAAUACACGUGAAAUUAUUAUGGUUAAUACAUAAAACAAAUGACAUCAAAUUACUAUGGUAAAUACAAUUAAUGAAGUAUUUUAGAUGAGUGAAAAAGUACUUAUAAAAGAUAAAUAUUAUUUUGUACUUCAGUUUUAAUAGAUUAGAUACAUACACGUAUGCUUAAACAUGCAUUAAUGGAUAGAUAUGCAAGUAAAGUAGAGAGGUAGAUUUUUUUUUUGAACACAAGAGAGGUAGAUAUAUAGACAUUACUAGACAUGGAUAUUUUUGGUUUCGGCUUGGUUAGGUUCGAGUAUUUUGGAUAUAGGGUAGUUCAGAUAGAUGGUUAACAGAUCCAUUUAUUAUCUGACCUAUUUUCAGUCAGAUUCGGUUCGGAUAGUAAAACUAGAAACUAGAAAAUACAAAAAUUGCAAUUCUCAUUUGUUUUCGGUUCUGUUUUUUUUUUUUGGAUUGUUUGGGUCGUUCAUGUUAAAUAUCGAGUAUUUUUGAAUAAAAUAUCAAAUAGUUAAAAUGAUUCAGAUAACUUUUGGAAUAUUUGGAUAUUUUAAUAUCGUCAUAAUUUCAGAUACUUUUGAAUAGUUUGAAUACUUUAUAAUAAUUUAAUUUUCUUCAAACAUUUUUGAAUACUUUAAUAAAUUUUCAAAUUAUAAAUAUAUAUGUAGUUAGGUUAUCUGUAUAUGUAAUUUUUAUUUUAUAUAUUCGCCAGGUACUCGUUGGUUCUCGGUUUCGUUUGAUUAUUUCAGAUGUAAGAAUAUUUGAAGAUGUAUGUCUAGUAUUGGUUUGAGGUAUUUUGAUUUGAUUCCGAUUCAGAUCUUUGGUUCUGGUUUUUUUGCCCACUUCAAGUAAAAUGGUCAAAUGGUAAUUUAGGCUAAGAAGUGAUUUGAGGAUCGUGGUAAUGCUGGGCUUUGAGGAGUCAUAAUUCGCAUUAAACAAGGACGUGAGUUCCCAUAACCCUAGUGGGGUUUAGAGAGAGACAGAGAAGAUCGAUCAAGACAGAGAAAGAGAGAGACUUAAAUAUGCUUAAACUUUCUAUUAAUAUUUCCCAUUAUGCUAUUGUACAUUGAAAAUUAGAUUGCCUUUUAGGGUUGGAAUUUUCCGGUUGGAAUCUUAGGUUUUGUCUUACUACAUGGACCUGUGACUGCCAUGAUAAAGAUAUGUUUUUUUGUUAACACUAAAAAAAUACUCCAAAACGAACCAAGGGAUCCCACAAAACAUAGUUUCACAAUUACAAAUAAGAGUUUACUGAUAAAAAUUUUUAGCCUUUUUUAAAUCGGAAAAACUCUCCAUUAACAGCUUCAAUUUUCAAUUUACAAAUUGUUAAGGUCAAUCAUCUUGCAUUAUUUUAGAUGAAAAGCAGUUAAAAGAUUUAGUUAAAAGAUUUAUCACUAAAACUUAUAAAAAAAUAUAAACUUGUAAAAAUUUGAUAAAUAUUUUUAAUCAAUUAAAUAAAUAAAUAUUUAUUAAAUUAUUUAUAAAACUUCUAAAAUUUGUUAUUAAAAUUUAUAGACAAUAUGCAAGAUAUUAUUCAAAAAUAUUUAAAACUGUUAAUUACAAACUGUUAAUGGUUGUAUUAUAAUUUAAAACUUUAUAUGCUCCAAUAAUAUCUUGUUUAUUUUAGUUUCAAUAAUACUGUUAAUUAACAUUUUUAUAUAUUCUGAGGGCUAAUAUGCAAAGUAUUAGUUAAAUAUUUUUCUCUUAUUCAAAAAUAUUUUUUUGUAAAUAGAAAGGUUUGGAAAAAAAUAAAAGAAUCUCAACAGUUAUAUACCAUAUGUUAUGAUUAUGUUAUAAUUAAGCUACAAAAAGAGAUAUGUUAUGCUUUUAAAUAUCCAUAUUUCUCUUUUAAAUCAAAAUCUUAUAUUCCAAAAUGUAUAUGCGAGUACUUUAAAUAUUUAUAUACACGUAUAAAUAUUAUGUCUGUGAAUAUAUAUAUAAUAUUAUUAAAUAUAUACAAAACCGUUAUGAGUUUUUUUUUCAAAAGUGUUUCAAAAAAAUAUAUAUAUAACCGUUAUGUGCCAGACCUCGUUUAUUACGAAGUAACACAUGAUACAGUUCAUUGUAACUCAUAUCACUUCAUUCGUUUGAAAUGAUUUUGUGUUGGAAAGUUUUAGCUGUUUUUUUAUGAAGUUCUUCGUAUUAAUUUUUUUUUAAAAAAAAAAUAGGAACAUGCGAGAAAAACUAAAUGCAGAAAAGGAAAAAAAAAUCCGAAGAAAAGUAAGACCUAGAACUCUAAAAGAUAUCGCCCUAAGACGGAAUAAACUAGAUACACAUGUAAAGCAAAACAGAUUAACAAAGAUCAAAAAACUGUCAGAACCUUAUUGCCAAAGCAUGCACAUGUUGGAUCCCGAAUCGUUUGCUAGAGAACCCAAACCCUCAAACCAAAAACAGAAAUUACUGCUUUUUAUCAAUAGAACAAAAUUUAAAUCUGCAAACCAAAGCAAGAGAAGAAGAACACGGAAGCCCUCACCACUUACUCCCUCCACUUAAUCACCUAGACCAAAAUAAAGAAAGCAUAGGAUUAGAAAGGUUCUAUUGAGACAGAUCAAAAGCGUCGGUACAAAACAUCGUCUAGAUAUCUUCAAAAAAAAAAACAUCGUCUAGACAGGUAUAAACCGCACCCUUCAAAUGCCUCGCCUCUUCCACCGCCGGAUAACUCUCCUCAAAACCUCUGCUCACCCUUCUCUAAGCGAGCUGCGAAGAGAGAAAAGCCGCACCAACAGUUUUGCAACAGAACAAAACAUCUUCCAUCGCACCGUCUAGAGAGAGAACCAUAUCACUAUGGAUUUGCAGGCGGAAACCGUAACAAAAUCCGAAGAAACGAAAUCGUAUCAUAUUAAAACAAAAAUACGUAUAAUACAUAUAUUUAAUAUUGUAUUAACAGAUCAAAUUAUCAUAAAAAAGAUUUUUAUAGGACUGAAAAAAUAUUAUUUAUAUAGGUAACUAUAGUAUUUUACAAAAUCUUUUUACCUAAUAUAAUAUUCUAUUAGUUUCGCUUCAUGUGGGACCAUUUUUCAAAACGUAGCAGUGAGGACUGGACAUUUUAUCUGUUAAAUUUGAUUCGAUUCAUUAUUCGUUUCGAUCCGAAAAUUUUGGAUAUCCGUAACCUUUCGAAACAAAUCAAAUACUAAAAUCAAUAUCCGUAAAAAUGAAGUAAAUCACAAAUAUUAAAUUUUUAGAAAGCGGAUAUUCGAUCUGAUCCAGUAAUAUAUAAAUACAUGUAUAUAUUGAUUAUAUUUAAAAAAUUUAAUGUAUAAAAUUAUAUAAUUAUUAUUAUAACAUAUGAUUUGAUAAAUUCUAUUCACAUGAUUACUUAUAUAAAAGUAUUACAUUAAAAGAAGAGAACACAUUUAUGAUAAUUAUAAUUUUUUUUCUUAAGUUUUGUGUUAUUAUAAUUAUUAAUUAAGUUAAAAAAAUUUACAAAAUAUGUAGAUUCACUACUUUUUUAAUUUUUAUCAUAUAUAUCAUGCAAAAAAAUAUUUUAGAAAACAAAUUUGUAUCAAAAUUUUAAGAUUAUUUGUAUUAAUCAAAACAUAUGAGAUAUCCGUAAGUAUUCGUAAAUAUCCACAAAUAUUAUUUAUUUUCCGGAUAUCCGUUUUUCCGAAUAUUCGUAUUUUUUCGAAGCAAAGCAAAUCGAAAAAUUAGAUAUCCGUGACAUACGAAGCAAAUCACAAAUACCUCCAAAAACUCGGAUAUCAGAUCCGUGCUCCGGCCUACUAGCAGUAUGAAUCUUUCAUUUUAUCUUAUGUGGAAGGUUUAUGUAUUUCUAUCGGAUGUAUAAUUUUUUUCUUUGACGAAACGGAUAUAUGAUUAUUUAAUAAGAUGUUUUGUUUAAUGUUAUGUGGUGCUAAUUUACUGUGUUUCUUUGUCAGAAUUCUUUUUCAUUUUAAAUCUUACUUAAAUAGAACAUUAUAUUAGAAUAGCCACCAAAUAUUACGUAGCAGUAAGAAUCUUUCAUUUUAAAUCUUACUUAAAUAGAAUAACCACCGAAUAUUUUGUAUUUUUUUUAAUAUUCAUUUCAACAAAAUCAUGAAACUUAACAAGCUAAUAACAAUACUUUAAAAUAUACCGAAUAAAAAUGUCAAAUAUACUAUAAAUAUUAGAAUUAUCUGAUAAAUUACCUAUUAAAUAUAUAUAUAUAUAUAUAUAUAUAUAACCGGGGAGAUUAUCUCUUCAUAAUAUUUAUUUUCAUAAAGAAGACUUUUAAAGUAAGAAUUAUUAAAGUUAGAAUAUUAAUCUAGAUCACCUUAUAACCAAACAUAUUAAAAAUUUAGGUAACAUUUAUAUUGACUGAUGAUUAUGUCAUUCAUCGAGUUACAAUUAGUCUUUUAUGAUUUUAGAUUUUCAUAGAUUAUUUAAUAAAUCAUGCAAAAUAUUUAUUCAAAUACCAGACAAAAUAUUUAUAUAUGAACGCAUUAUCUCAUUUCUGUAGUAAAAUAUUUAAAAACUUUGAUCAAUGAGAAAUAUGUUUAAAAUAAACAUUAACCAAAACAAUGUGAGAAAAGACAUGUUAACAAAGUUUCAAAAAAUGAUAUAUUAACAUAUUUUGAUUCUCAUAUAAUUGAGCUCGUUUAAAACAACUAAAAUGAAAAUUUACACCAAUUUAAAUAAUAAAAGAUUUAUCAACUCGAAUUUUUUUUUUAAAAAUGUUAAUCAAAAUCAAGUCUACACACAAUUACGAGUGUGUGAGUUUUAGAGAGAAAAAUGCUAUCCUAAUCUGAUAGGGGUCUUCUUGUAACAGCUAUAAGCCUAUAAACAUGAAUCAUACAUGCAAAGGGCAUACAUAGUAUAUUUUUCUUGUUCACAUCCAUACUUAGUUAUUUAUAUCAGCUUCUCUUAUAGAAUAAUAUUUAAUGAGAUAAAAUCCAUAUAAUUGGAGGGUCACUCUAACCUUGAAACUUCUAUGGCCUUCCUCUGUAUUCAUCUCUUACGAAUAUCUUAUCUUUUCUUUAAACCCUAAAAGUAUCAGAGUUUCCAUCUCUAACUUAGAGAGAGAGAGAGAGAGAGAGAGAGAGAGAGAGAGAGAGAGAGAGAGAGACCCUUGCCAAUAUAUGAUAAAGCAGAAGAUCUCCCCUAUAUCUAUAUAUAUACAUAACUCCAUUCUUUGAAAAAAAGUCUUGAUCUUUAAUUUCUCUUUCUUCAGUCCUUGAUCACUGAAUCUUCCUUUCUUCUUUGAUUGGCUUAGAGCUUGGUAUUAUUGAUUAUCAAGGUGGGUAGGAGCAAUAAAGUGAUUGAUUAACCCAAAACAAACAGAUUUGACUCAAAAGGGAAAAUGAAUUCAAACAACUGGCUUGGCUUUCCACUUUCACCAAACCACUCUUCUUUGCCUCCUCAUGAAUAUAACAUUGGCUUGGUGAGCGACCAUAUGGACAACCCUUUCCAAACACAAGAGUGGAACAUGAUCAAUCCACACGGUGGAGGAGGAGAGGUUCCAAAAGUGGCAGACUUUCUCGGUGUGAGCAAACCGGACGAAAAUCAAUCCGACCACAUCGUAGCUUACAACGACUCAGGUUACUACUUCCAUACCACCAAUAGCUUGAUGCCAAGCGUCCAAUCAAACGACGUCGUUGUAGCUUGUGACUCCAACAAUCCUAACGAUAGCUAUGAGCUCCAAGAGAGUGCUCACAAUCUACAGUCACUCACUUUGUCCAUGGGGACGACCGGUGGUAAUAACGCUGUAGCUAAAGCGUUGCCGCCCGAGGUCACCGGCGAUAACACUAGCGGUGGAGCAUUAGCCGUUGCUGAGACGGCCACGCCAAGACGUGCUUUGGACACUUUCGGACAACGCACCUCGAUCUAUCGUGGUGUCACAAGGCAUCGAUGGACCGGUCGAUAUGAAGCUCACCUGUGGGAUAAUACUUGUAGAAGGGAAGGUCAGUCUAGGAAAGGAAGACAAGUUUACUUGGGUGGGUAUGACAAAGAAGAUAAAGCAGCAAGAUCAUAUGAUCUAGCCGCACUUAAGUACUGGGGUCCCUCGACUACUACUAAUUUUCCGAUUACUAACUACGAGAAAGAAUUAGAAGAAAUGAAGCACAUGACUAGACAAGAGUUCGUGGCUGCUAUUAGAAGAAAAAGUAGUGGAUUUUCACGAGGCGCUUCAAUGUAUCGUGGAGUUACAAGGCAUCACCAACAUGGAAGAUGGCAAGCAAGGAUCGGACGAGUCGCCGGAAACAAAGAUCUCUACUUGGGGACUUUUAGCACUGAGGAAGAAGCAGCAGAAGCUUAUGAUAUAGCCGCGAUAAAGUUUAGAGGGCUCAACGCAGUGACCAACUUCGAGAUGAACCGGUACGACGUGAAAGCCAUCCUCGAGAGCAGUACUCUCCCCAUAGGAGGAGGCGCGGCUAAGCGGCUCAAAGAAGCUCAGGCUCUUGAGUCUUCAAGGAAACGCGAGGCUGAGAUGAUAGCCCUUGGUUCAAGUUUCCAAUAUGGUAGCGGCUCGAGCUCAUCAAGGCUUCAGCUUCAACCUUACCCUCUAAGCAUUCAACAACCAUUAGAGCCUUUUCUUUCUCUACAGAACAAUGAUAUCUCUCACUACAAUACCAAUUCUCAUGACACGUCUUCCUUUAACCACAAUAGCUAUAUCCAAACGCAGCUUCAUCUUCACCAACAAACCAACAAUUACUUGCAGCAACAAUCGGGUCAGAACUCGCAGCAGCUCUAUAAUGCCUAUCUUCAAAGCAAUCCGGAUCUGCUUCAUGGCCUUGUCUCCACCUCUAUCGUUGACAACAACAACAAUGGAGGCUCUAGUGGGAGCUACAACACUGCAGCUUUUCUUGGGAACCACGGCAUUGGUAUUGGGACGAGCUCGACCGUUGGAUCGACCGGGGAGUUUCCAGCUGUUAAAACAGAUUACGAUAUGGCUUCGAGUGAUGGCAAUGGAGGGUAUGGUGGUUGGACCGGUGAGUCUGUUCAGGGGUCGAAUCCUGGUGGUGUUUUCACUAUGUGGAAUGAGUGAAAAGGGAUCUUGUUUUUUUGCGUUGCAUGAAAAUAGGUCUGAGGUAGUAACUAUUUUAUCACUAUUCUGUUUUUUUUUUCUUGUCUUGAAAGUUAGGAUCAAAUUAGAAGGGACUUUUGGUAGAAGAAUUUAGGUAACGGAACGAUUAUUUAAAAAUUGACGGCGAAGGUGAUGGUUCUCAGACAGUGGUUAAAUGGUUCUUGAGGGUUAGUGUUUAUGGGUACUCAAAGUAAGUUUACGAGUACGUACCCAAGUUUUGUUUAAGGCUAACCCUUUUGACUAGUUUCCAAACUUGUAAGUUGUAAUUUAUUUAUAAGGAUUUAUAUUUUCUAUAAUAUCAUCAAUUAACCCCGAAGGGAGCUGGCGAAAAAAAGAGGCAGUAAUCAGAAUCUAGUCUUAUUUUUUUUAAGAGAAAGCAUCAAACAAAUCGACAAUUUAUAUUUUAUAAGACUAAUUUGUAUUGAAGUCAUUAUCGAACUACUUCUCUAGGAUCUAAAAUAUCAACCCUUUCUAGAUAUUUUAACAACAUCACUUUCGAAAUAUUACUAUUUAGAAGGAGGUACUAUAGUAACUGAAUGAAACCGAUUGAACGGCUUUGCCUAGUAACUUACUAAAAUAAGGAAUAUUUGCCUAGUAAACCAAUUUUUGUUUAAAACAAAUCCUUCCCCAAAUUUUUCGUUUAUUAAGAUAUAUAUAUUCUUGUAGUACUUUUUAUUACUUUCCAAAGAGAGCCGACGAAAAAAAAAACAAAUCAACAAGUAGUGAAAACACUCUUUAAACUCGUUAAGAAAACAUUUAACGAAAGGCGACAUUUUCUUUAUUGAUACAUUAACUUUAGAAAAGCAUACUGUUUAGAGGGAGGCCUCAAUGGUAAAGAAGAGAAACUUAUUGCAAACAAGAAAGCAAAGCCGGCUAAAUAUAUACUCACGAAGAAACAAUCCAUGAAAUAUACUAAAUGUUAGUGGUAACCCUCCAAUUAAUAGAGAUUCCAAUGAAUAUAAACAUAGUUUAAAUCUAAAUAGGAUCUCAACAUCACGAUUGAGUAAAUUGAACACAAACAUUCAUUAACAAUGGUGUCCAGAGGUCUUUCCCUCACACUAAUUUUUCUCUUGGUAGCUCUAUUUAUCGCACUUGGUGAAGCCAAUAACAACCGUAAGAUCCUUCAGUCUCACACUAACCACCAACCGGUGCAUUCUCCUCUUCCAUCUCCGAUCUAUUCUCCUGAUCCUCUUGAUCCUAAAGGUUACGAAACCUUCUUUUAUAGAAGAUCUCCAUCAAAACCUUCCCGCAAACCAUGGUGGUGGUUGUUGUGAAACGUUAAGACAUUGUCUUAGUUAUGCAAUUUAUGUCUUAUUACCACAAUUGAUGUCCUCUACAUAUUUCAGUCAAAUUUUUUCUUCUAGUUGUUUGCGAUCCACGCAUUAACUGUUUAUUCAACUUUUUUGUUGUAUUGUUUUGAUUCUUUUUGCAGUUGUGAUGAUUUAAACCUUCUUGACUGAUCUUACGGACGCAUAUCUUUGUCAUUGACCAAAAACUUGUUUGUUAAAGAUUUUGUAAGAGCUAAUCAAUAUGUCGACCGAAAAUCAAAAUUUAUUUGUUUGGCAAGUUGAAAACAAAAUACUUGAAUGCAAUUAACCAAACUUCGCGAAAUAAAAAAAAUUCAAAACCGGACCAACCUAAUGAAUACUAGCUUGAAUAACUGGAUUACACUUUAACUAAUACGAGAUGAUAACCCGUGCGCAUGCGCGGAGUGAAUUUUUAUAAUAAUGUUUGUUUAUGAAAUGAUUUUAACAUUUUGUAACACUACAAUUUUAUCGAUUAUAAAAUAAUGAAUACAAAUGUUGGUCUCUUAAAUGUAUCAUCGUUGUUGAAGAGUUAACGUAUUACUUUUCAUUUUAAUUAUCUUUAAAACUUCAUAUGCACAAAAGGAAAUUAAGUUUUGCGGCUCACACAAAUUACCAAAACCAAAUAGGCAACAUCGAUUGUAUAAUGACGAAAGAGGAUUAUGUUUUCUGCUCUCGAUUUG